GGGCGGUAGGCGCAGCUCUUCGCAAACAAGAGUCGCUGGCAAAAACACUCUGAUCUUUAUCUUUAGACAUUUGUUGGUUUUGAGGCACUUUAGAAAAUGUGUCAGUGCCAGCAGAAUGGGGGCUUAUUGCUCUCCAGCAGAUUCAUGGGUAAUGAUGACACCAAACAUUGCCACCUUUAUGCCUGUUGUUAAAUGCUGUGUGUGUGUUUUUUUUAAGCGUUAAUGUAGCCGGCAGCAGUACUUGUGGAGUAAAACCAGACCUAUCUCCCCGAGCCCCGGGGUCUGCUUGUGACCAUCAACUGGAGGAGUGAUUUGCACGAAGUGACAGCUGAGCCAGUGGGAUCUUUGUUGGAGGAAGAGUUAUUAGAGCUAAGUGAGAUUAAGUCUUUUGGUUUUUUUUUUAUAUAUAUAUAAAUGCACUUAAUUUGAAAAAUGGCGACAAGAGUAGGCGGAGGAUACCCCAUGAAUCCAGGGAGUCCUAUGAAUCCUUCUUUGGGAGUGAACCCAAUGAAUCCUAUGCCAGGACAAGCAGUCAGGAUGCCCCUGAAUCUCCAGCAGCAAUCUCCAGUCUUCCGGACGAUGGGUCCCGGCGGCGCUUAUAGCCGUCCAGGAAUGCCACCAGGAGCUCGCAUGGGAAUUCCAGGAAUGCAGAUGGGCAUGCCCUCUGGCUCAUCUUUCAUGGGGAGCUCUGCCAUGAGACCAGGUAUUCCGCAGCCACUGAUGGACCCGUUUCGUAAACGUCUGCUUCCACAGCAGCAGCCGCUACAGUCAAUGCAGAAUCGUGGGAGAGGUGUCAAGAGACGGAAGAUGGCUGACAAAAUUCUACCACAAAGGAUCCGAGAACUUGUUCCUGAAUCCCAAGCGUACAUGGACCUCUUAGCCUUUGAACGCAAACUGGAUCAGACUAUCAUGAGGAAACGGCUGGAGAUUCAAGAGUCUAUGAAGAAACCAUUAAUGCAAAAGCGCAAACUAAGGAUCUACAUCUCCAACACCUUCAGUCCAGCCAAGCCUGAGGGUGAUGAAGGAGAAACAGUUGCAUCAUGGGAGCUUCGGGUGGAAGGAAAACUACUUGAUGAUCCUGGAAAAGUGAAAAGGAAAUUCUCAUCCUUUUUCAAGAGUUUGGUUAUUGAAUUGGACAAAGAUCUAUACGGACCGGACAAUCACUUGGUGGAGUGGCAUAGAAUGCCCACUACCCAGGAGACAGACGGCUUUCAGGUGAAGAGACCAGGAGACAUGAAUGUGAAAUGUACCCUGCUAUUGAUGCUGGAUCAUCAGCCCCCACAGUAUAAACUGGAUGCCAGGUUGGCCCGUUUGCUGGGUGUCCACACUCAGACCCGCGCUAAUAUCAUGCAGGCACUGUGGUUGUACAUAAAAAGGAACAAACUGCAGGACAGCCAUGAAAAGGAAUACAUCAACUGCAAUCGCUACUUCAAGCAGAUCUUUAACUGCAUGCGAAUGAAAUUCUCUGAAAUUCCAAUAAAGUUGGCUGGCCUCCUGCAGCAUCCAGAUCCCAUCAUUAUCAAUCACAUGAUUAGUGUCGAUCCUAAUGAUCAGAAGAAAACUGCUUGUUAUGACAUUGAUGUAGAGGUUGAUGAUCCUUUGAAGAAUCAAAUGAACAACUUCCUGCUUUCAACAACCAACCAGCAGGAAAUCGCAGUGCUGGAUAUUAAGAUUCAUGACACAAUUGAAUCGAUCAAUCAGUUGAAGAUCCAACGUGACUUCAUGCUGAGCUUCAGCAACCACCCUCAAGAGUUCAUCCAGGAUUGGAUGAAGUCACAGUGUCGAGACUACAAGAUUAUGACUGAUGUCAUUGGAAACCCAGAAGAGGAGAGAAGGGCUGAGUUUUACCACGAGCCAUGGACACAGGAAGGGGUCGGAAGAUUCAUCUUCUCAAAGGUUCAGCAACGCAGACAAGAACUGGAACAAGUACUGGGAAUCCGCAUCACUUAGAUAUAAUAGUGCCUCCCUUCCAAAGAACUGGAGCUCAACAUUCACGUUACUUGCACUGCUUCUUUGAUGUCAGCGAAAGAAACCUGAUUGGAUUGUAGAUCACAAGCAGGGAAAUUACGCUUUGCUGGGGACAUUCUAGCAAUAUUUUUGUAAAAGUCUCAACUUAAAAAUAGUAUAAAAUUUGAUAAGCUCAGCAACGUUCCUUCCCCCUUCUGCUGGUGUAGAGGCUGAUACACAAACAAUCUUGACAAACAAUCUUUUUAAAAGGCAUUGCUCAACCAUUCAAGGGUGUUUACCCAAGUUUUGGUUAUUUAUAACUUCAGCAACUUAAUUUGAUUGAAAGGCCUCUGGCAUGGCCCAAAUCUGCCUUUAGAUUUGCACUUUUUGUGUUGAAAUGAAAAAGAUUGCAGAACCGACUGACUUAUCAAAAGCCCACAGAAUAGCCUGAUAGCCUCUUAACUUCACUAAUUCAUCACUCUUUAAGAAAAGGAAUAUAAUUACUCCCUAAGGCAACAAAGGCUUAUACCUAUAAAAUAUUAUUUCUGAUAGCUACAGUCUCACAGAUACAAAAGCCAUUUUGAUUCUUCUCAGUCAUCCCAGCACUUAAAACAAAACAAGUCAUGCCUAGAACUUGCUGAUUGCACUAUUGGCAUAGGAAUACAUUUUUCACUCAAAUUCAUUGUAAAGUUGUAAUUUUGAAGGCUACAUAAGAGGAGAAGUAGAUCAUAUGGCCUGUUGAGCCUGCUCUGCCGUUCACUAUGAUCCUGGGAUUCAACUCCAUUUUCCCACCCAUACCCCACAUCCAUUGAUUCCCUAAGAGACCAAAAAAUCUAUCUCAGCCUUAAAAAUAUUCAAUGAUGGUGCAUCCACAACCCUCUGGGGUAGAGAAUUCCAGAUUCGCAACCCUUUGAGUGAAGAAUUUCUCCUAAUCUCAGUCCUAAAUGAUCAGCCCCUUAUCCUGGAACUGUGUCCUAUUUCUAGAUUACCCAGCCAGGGGAAAGAACCUCAGUGUCUACUCUGUCAAGCCUACCCUUCGGUGUGUUUGCCUAUCAAAAGUCUUGCAAAGUUUGAUCUUGCCAAGAUCAUGCAGCUUCCAACGUGUGAAUGAAAUAUCUUUCAUAUCUUCUGGUUACUGUGGGAGCAUUUGAUCUGGCCAAGCAAUGUCACUGCUUGGAUCACCCUUUGCAAAGCUCAAAUUCUCUCCUGUUCUGCAGUUUUAAUCAGUUCAAUCUUUCAAAAGAUAGAUUAGCAAACUGGAAUUAGGACUGAAUAUCAUAGCUACAGAGAUAAAGCGUGCACUACUUGAAGGGUUAUUUCAAUCUGUAGCAAUAGAAUAUGUAUCCCAUUACAUGGAACACUGCCCCAAUCAGCUUAAUGAUAAAAGGUGGACAUUAUCCAGUUUGACCCCUUGCAGUGACACACACUCCAGAUUACACUACCUACAGGAAGGUACAUUAUGGUUUUUAAGGAUAUGUAGAAUCUGCCUUUUCUUUAUCAAUAUCCUGUGAACUAAGCACUUAAAAGGACAUUUCUGUCAGUGUUAAAACAUCAUUCACAUUGCAUGUAAGAAUCUAAAAUUGUACCAUUGCAGAAUGGUUUGCAUCCAACCCAAAGAAAGCGCUGGUACUAGAAAUUGCUGAGGUUGCUCAGAUGGUUAACACCAAAAAGGAAAUCUUGAGCAAAUUGUUUUGAAUCGCUUUCCUGGUCAUGAAUAUUGUGGAAAUCAAAAUGAACUCUGCGUUGUUUGACGGCCCAUUUUGGGAAAUCCAUAUGGACGAUAGAUUAGACCUUAAAUGGAAAAUACAGCAUCAGGUUAUACAAAGAUAAAUGGGCAAUGUUUCUGACAAGACAUUCAGCAAUCUUGAAGACAACUGCUGUGAAGAGAAUCCCAUUUGUUCAAGUAAGCGAGCACAGAUUUCUUCCGAAACAUACACAUUGGCUAUUAGAAAUCAAAAUUGCAGCUGGUGGGGGUGGAAAUUGUGCAGUUUAUACCCUCAAAAGUGCUUAAUUGGUUCAAACCAAUAUUUUUUAAUUAGGAUUCAAUUUUUCUUUUAAAGUUGAGCCAGAAAAAUAUGUUUGAUUCUUUUUAAUACUGCUAGACACCAGAGUAAACUUAUACUUCAGACAGGCUGAGGAUAACGUUGAUGUUGUCAAUCAAGAGUCACUAGGAGUGCAAGCUCUAUAGCAACGCAAUUGUAUUAAACAUUUAACUUGAUUUUAGGACUCUGCAACUCAAUUUCAAAUUCAUGUCCUGUUUUAUGUUUCUGAAUAAUCAUCAAACUCAGUCAAAUCUAGAGCCAUAUGGAGAGUAAUGCAAUUAAAAUACACUAGCCAAAGCAGUAAUACACAAUAAAUGGAACAUUUACUAUAACAACAAAACCCAUAACAAAAGUGGGCCAUGAAACAGUUAAUGCAAAGAGCUGAAUCUAAGAAAAUAAUUAGAGGAUCUUAAUAGAAAAAUAGGUUCAAAUUCCACCUUUGUGGACUUUUUAAAAAGUUUGUGAUUUCCUUAAGUAUAUAUAGAGAAAGUUGCUUUCCUACAGCAUUGUACAAUCACUUUUUUUAUAUAAAACGAAAAUAAUUUUCAAAGUUCAGGAAAAUAAAGUUUUUAAAGGUACAUGACUGUUGAAUAUUUCAGGUAGAAGUUGCAUUUUUUUUUAAUUAAAACUGCUGAGUGCAAAUUUAAAUGUUAAAUCUCAGUUACAGAGUUUGCAAAGCUUUAGCUUUCAUGGUUUACAGUAAUAAUUGCUGUGCGAGUGUGAAAUAGUGUAGAAUGGGUUUUGAAAUGUCAAGAAAUUGCUUGUGUGAGGUUGUGAUUAGUUAGGUGGCUGGGCAAUAAAGAUAUCAAAGUAUCUGCAUCAGGAGGAAAUGUCUCUUAUUUAAUGUACCAUGAAUGACUAGCAAAAAGUCAUUAAAAUGCAUAAUCAUACCUCCAAGAUCCCAAUCAUAUAUCAUCUGAAAGAAUAGUUUCCUUAUUGGCAAACCAAUAAUAAAAUUAUACAGUACUAGGAUGCUGGCUAACCUAGCUUAAAUUAGUCAUCUUAAUGCAACUUAUAUUGUAAUUUUUCAUCAAAACGUCACAAAAUACAAAUGUGUACAAUAAGGUAUUUUACUUGUAGGAUAUAGGAUUCGUGGUACAUUGAAGGCAUGUCAGGAAAUAUGCAUUUUGUACACUCUGAAUUAUGCUGUUUGCUUUUAUUAGUUAACAAGCUACUGCAUGUAGUCGCAUUAAAAGCAGGUCAGUACAAUUCAGUCACGGAUAACUGGCUAUCAUACCAUAUGAUGCGAAUUUUUAAAUUUAGAUUUCCCUCCCCUGCUGUUUGCUGUUCUGACAGCAACCUGUGGGUAGCUUUCCUUAGCCAGUGGCGCCUCAAAUGACCGUUCUUUGUAUGAGCGAAGACAGCGAGUGUUGGUCGCUAACCGGCCAUGAAGUCCAUCCCACCCAACCCUAAACCUUGCCUCAUCUGAAGUGUACACAUUCACAUCCAGCAAGUAUAACUGAGUAGGGACCAAAUGGAAAAUUGAAUCUCAUUUUACCAACAGCAUUCCAGAACAGAAAAUGAAAUUUAGGACGUGAAUAAUUCUAUAAAGUUACCUACAUGUUAAUUAGGUUAAAAAAAUCAAGUUUCCCUAUCACCAGGUUUCCAUGAUAAUGAAAAUACAGAACUAGGCACAUAGUGAAAUUCAUUCAGUCUUCCACUUAGCUGCACACUGGGUUCCACAAAUCCAAUAAUCCUACCUUUCUGAUCCUGCCAGGUUCAUGGAGUUUAUACUACACAAGAGGCAAAACUGUACAACAUUACCAAAGACAAUUAGCUUCUUCACAACUGAGGAUGCCAAUAGGUCAAACAUCCUUAGUCCUACACACAAUGUUGCAAAUGGUACAUAUGCACAUUUAAAGCAAGAGAAACAGUUUGUACUGUACUGGGAUGGAGAACCUGGGUACAGAUUCAACGUUGUAUAAACCCAUUCAGCUUAGCAGAUGUCAUUUUAACAACGGAAUUGGGCCAUUGCAGGACCAUUGUGAAAAUUUAACACAUUUUUGGUUCAAAAUAAAAUAGAGACUCCAAGUAUUCACUUACUAAGUGAACAGUUUUAUGAAUGCAGGAAUAGGCUAUUUUUUAACAUAUGAGUAGGAAGCACACUGCAGUGCCGUUAAGAGCACAGACUCCCCAUCAUACGCAGGUUGACUUUUGAGUACAUACUAGCUCAGAAUUUAACUAAAUUUAAAUAUUUGCCAACAGUGAAGUAAGCUAUUGUUCAAUCUUACAUAUGCAUUAUAAACCUACUAGUAUAGUACCUAGUCACUAAAAUACCAUUAUACAACAAAGCAGUAAAUACCAUUAGCCUGACUGAAUAAUUAGGAAACUUGAUCAUGAUAGAUGGGUGAGGUGAACCAGUAGGCCAUAAGCAAUAAGGCAGACAGCAUAUGGCUCCAUUCCUAGUAACAAGUUCAGAAUUAAAAUGCAAUUGCCUUAUAACACAAGAUAGAGAAAUACUCAAAACUAAAAAGAACUGUUCUGAUUAGAAAAUGAUAUGACUGUAAUGAGAGGCAUUUUUCUUCUUGUAUAUAGCAUGCAGCCAAUAGUAUGAUGCUUUUACACGUUUAUAUUUACAGAUUUCUUGAAAUGUUUUGAUGCUUUUAUAUUCAGUGCAGUGGUGUGCAGGCCCAAGGUACAUGUGGAUAUUUAUAGAGAACGCCUGUAUUAGUUAGGUACUGGACUCAGUUUUUAAAUAAGUGAAAUUUUGUUCAAGGAUUGCAUUUUAUGCUACAUAAGUUGUUAGUUUUGAUACUGUUUGAAAAUUGCACAGCUUUGUAACUGAAGGCGAUUCAGCCAUCUUCUAUUCCAAAGGGCUCAUGGUUCCACAAAGUAAAAUGUGACCAAGGCAGCCAUGUUCUAAUUUUACAACCAUAUUAUGCAGCAGUUUCAGUGAAGCACCAGCAUAAUGCUGUAUUUCUGGUUGAAUGCAUGGGAACUCUGAAGCCCUGAAUGGGAGGCGAACUUAAAAUACAACGCAUUGCUGGUUUAUAGGGACUCAUUGGAUUGAAGUUUCAACAAGUGUCAAAUCCAUUUUAUAGGCACUGCUCGACAGGUACAAAAAUGCUUAUUUCUCAUAUACAUUGUAAUUUGGUGCUUCUGUUCCAUUUGGGACCAUUUGUACUAGAGCCAACAUACAAUCAUGUACAAGUCCCCCUGUAGAAGGUUUUUGCAUUGAAAAUAAACCAAAACAAAGCUGA